AUGGGUCCUAAACUUGGUGCUGCCCAAGGAACGAGUAACCCCUCUUCAGACCAGUCCACACGGUCGUAUUCGAACGUUAGGUUUGUAACCGGUUCUUCGUCCAGGCGUUCGGCGCCAUCGACUGAAGCACAGGCAUCUACUCAGCGUGAAGAGCCACCGUUACAGGCUAAAGAACAACCGGCAUCUCUUUUUAGACCUGAGGAUGAUGAUAUCGUGGAAACUCUCAUGGCCAGCUCAAGCUCUCAGUCCAAGACAGCUUCACCCUUCGCAGCUUCGCACUUACCACAAUCCGAAUGGAAGGAUUAUUUCUCUCCCACCCAUGCUGCUUCUAUCAAAAACGAAACUGCUGCUCUGCUGCAUUUCCAGUAUAACCUCGCGCCUUGGAUUGAAGCCGGCGAUUUAGGAUCUGCCUUUGGAACCGAGAUCAUGCUCCUCGCGCAGAGACGACGACCCGUAUCAUCUGCUAUCUCGCUGGCUGCUUCUAGUCAGUUAGCCAAGUCCAGUUCAACAUAUGGGGACUCAACUCUGCUCCAGCAAGAGACGGAGAAUGCUCUUGCCCUUGAAGAGCCACGAGUGAGACGGAUUGGACACGCUCUGAUAGCCGUGGGAGAAGUAUUCAACCUCAGCCCCUCUCAAUGGAGAACGUUAUCUUUCUUCCAGUCGGAUGAAUCUACGAGGAAUACCAAUAACUUUUCGGGAUUUGGAGAGCCGCUUGAAACGUUACUGCGGUUCCAUUCCAGACUUGAUCUCGCAGCGUCACUGUUGACAGAUCAACCGCCGCUUACAACUUUGGGAUUCGCAAUGAAUCAUGAUCCAGCAGACCGCACUCUCCCAUUGUCGACGAAAUCUAUUUACAACGCUUGUUUACUUCAACUCGCUAGCUGUCUCCAACUUCUCAAUGGCAGCAGCGGUAGCAGCGUUGCUUCUCCCUCACCACCCUUCUUCAUGUCAGCAACUCAGGAACCACUGCCAUCAAGCCCAGGCUCGUAUUUCUCAUCAAAAUGGUCUUCUCUAUGGUCAAAUUGCCAGCAGUGGUAUCACAACCGACCAGUCGAAAUGCAGCCAAUCCUGGAAAUCCGCAGCGUUGAGGCAGGCCAAAUCGACGCUGACAACGAGUCAUCAUUCCCAAUACCUGUCUAUACAAGCUCGAUUGCUCUGCAAUGUAACAUUGUGUACCACAUCUCAUCACGUCUUCUUCUGUCGCGCAAACCCCGACUUUUGCGACUAUCUAGUCGCCAGCGCCAUCUCUCAUCGCUGAGCUGGCACGCGCAACAAAUCGCGGGAACAGCAACGCGUAAUGAGUUUGCAGAGCAGUGGGACCCUAUUCUCAUUGCUGGACUGUUGUGGAUCGCCAGGGACAUGACGCAUCCGUCGCAGCAAGAAUCGCUGUUGUCGUGCUUCACUCAGAUAUCAUCCAGCACGGGAAUCAAUCUGGAUGAAGAAAUUCGCACGUUAAAGGAUAGGUGGAAUGUGUCACAUGCAAGGGGCCACCAGCUCUCUGGCUGA